AUGUCUGCAGACAGCAACGCAGCCGCAGAGUAUCUUCAGGAGUUCAAAGAAAUUACACCCUCCUACUCACCCCAGCAAGUGUACAACGCUGAUGAAACGGGGCUAAAUUUCAAAGCGUUGCCAACAAAGAGCCUAGCUUCAAGAGAAGAAAAGUCCGCUCCAGGAUUUAAAAUGGAUAUGCAACGACUAACCGUAUUAGCAUGCAGCAACGCUUCCGCCACCAAUAAGAUACCUUUGAUGGUUAUCGGUAAAUCCAAAAAACCUCGAUGUUUUAAAAACAUGAAUAUGAACGCUCUGCCGGUUUACUAUAAAAACCAAAAGAAAGCUUGGAUGGAUCGUGCUUUGUUUCAAGAAUGGUUUGAGAAACAAUUUGUGCCCAACGUGAGAGCCUACAAUGAAGAAAAUGGACUGCCUGAUAGAGCGUUGUUACUCAUAGAUAACGCUCCGUCCCAUCCGGAUGACUUAGAGCUGGUGGCAGAGGCUUGGGAGAACACAAGCGUAGGAGCUCUGCAGAAAUCUUGGAAAAAUCUUUGGCCUGAUCUGCAGUUUGUUGAAGAGGUUGUUCCACCGGUAAAUGAAUGCGAACUUCUUCCUCUUGUAAAAAAAAUACCGGGAUGCGAAAAUGUAGAGAAGGAGUGUGUUGAUGAGUGGACGGCUGUAGAUGACAAAGGCUUCGAGGAGUACACAGACGAAGACAUCGUGGCACAGGUGCAAGGAGUCCCAGCUGAUGACUCAUGUAGCAGUGAGGAUGAGGGAGACGCCCAAACUACCGAUAUUGUUCCACACAGCGCAGCUGCAAGUGCCUUUGACCUCGCUCUACGCUACGUCGAGCAACAUGCCGCUGCUACUCCCAAUGACGUAGAAAAUGAUUACAAUAGUGAAGAUUUAAUUAAAAUAGUAACAGAAAUUUUAGAUUUACCGAGUAAAAGUGAUGAAGAUCCUAAAACUGACCCUGUAGAAUUAGCAAGUGAAAGUGAUAUAGAUCCUACAACCAACUUUGUACAAUUACCAAGUGAAUGUGAUUUCGAACAAAAGGGCAUUUCCUGCUUCAGCCGCAAGAGUCAGAGACAGAUUAAGGUCAACCUCAUCGGAAUUCUCUAA